AUGACUCCAUUUACAUUCAGCAUCAAACUGGCUGCAGUUGCUUCUCGUAAGGAACACAUAAAUCUGGAGCAAUGGCUGAACGAAAAUCUGAGCACAUAUAAGGAUACUUUUUUUGAGGAUUGCCUCAAGUUCUUAAAAGAAAUACCUUCUGCAGCAACAAAUGAUGCAUCUGCCAAUCCUUUCCAACAUUCCAGCUCUGUCAUGAAUCUUUAUCUAGAGACAAGUUCUGCUCUUUUGAAGGUCCUUCAAGCCCAUUCUGGCCAGCUCAUCUCCCACCAACUUUCUGAGGAAUUGAGAAGGUUGCAGGCAUCAUCUGUGCAUGCUAAUCCAAGAUUGCAAAAUGAUGGAGGACAUGUUUCCAAGGGUGUAAAACCCAAAGGCAGGGGAGCUUCGAAGAAGGCUCCUGCUAGAAAGCAGAAAAUGCCAACUGCCAUUGAUAGUGAAGAGGAAGAGGAUAAGGAGCUUGAGCUGAAAGAACAACUGACAGCGUAUAACAUUGAUUCUCCUUCAGAUCAAACAGGUAUAUGAUCAUCCAUGUGCAGUAAGCUUUCGGAUCAAAGCGAAGCUAAGAAUAGGGUGUUAGUUGAUUGCAAAUUGAUAACCAGUAGAUGCACAUCCAUGGAGUUUUUGCUUGCGCUAGUUGAGAAGCUAUUUGGCUGCGAGAAGGCAUUGGAUCUUGUUGUUA